UGAAUCUCCAAGAUCCCUGCUAUGGUGUCUCCAGCAUCCUUCUUGAACAUCAUGAAUCGGCUAUCAUAUGAUUACUUCCGCCGUAGACCCCUGUUUUGAGUACCCCAUUUAUAUCACCUUUUCUUGUACAUGUUGUCUGCCCCUCGUGUCUAUCUCUUGUCUCUCAUUUAUCAAUCCUUACGCCGAGCAUCUACAGAUCGCGACUAGUAGCUCGCCUGUCUCGUCGCACACUCUUUACCACCAAACAGACAGGAACAUCGUCGUCUGCGACUUCGACACACUCUCUGAGUUCUUUCGACAACAUCGAUUCAGAGCAAACAGCAAGUACUAUCUUUCUAUCAACUCGACCCGCACUUUGCGCUGACCUAACAACCCCACAAGUGCCGCACCUCUUCGGCCCACCAGUGUCUCUUAACCAGCCCACCUCCUCAUCCAGCUCCUUUACAUAAAACUCAAAUCCCAAUAUUCCAAGCACAUAUCAAUCAAUAUGUUGUUCUCAUCUCUUGUAACUCUUGUCAUUGCCCUUCCCGUCUUCGGUUUUUCUGAGUCACGUCAAUCUCGGUCUCGCAUUCGUAACUCCCAGUCUCUUAACUCCACCUUGGAGCAAGGUCUGGAAAAGAGAGCUACUGUUUACAGUGGUAGAGCUACUUUCUAUGAUGUAGGUUUGGGUGCUUGUGGAAACCAGAAUGUGGCCUCCGAUUACAUUGUCGCUCUCAAUUCCGAUCAGUACGGGUCCGGUUACCCUGGCCCACAAUGUGGCAGAUCUAUCACAAUAUCUUACAAUGGUGUGCAAGUUUCUGCGACUAUUGAAGACGAAUGUCCUACUUGUCCGUAUGGUGGUCUCGACUUAUCCGAGGGACUUUUUGAUCGCUUUGCAGACGAAAACCUCGGUGUUUUCUAUAUGACAUGGUGGUUCAACGAUGAAACUGACGAUGCUACGACAAGCACCAGUGAAACCCCUACAUAUGUCGCCCCUACGUCCACGUACGUCGAACCCACUUCUACCUAUACCCCCCCCACCUCCACGUACACACCUCCAACCUCUACGUACACCCCUCCUACCUCUACAUACGUCGAGCCCCCAACUUCAUCAUAUAUCCCUACUUCCAGCGAUGUGACUCCCAGCACCUACUCUUCAUCUGAGUCACCAUCAUCGACUUUGCCCUCAUCUUCCCCAUCUUCUACUUCCACAUACAUCUCUACCAGCACUCUUGCCGAUGCUGUGAUUCAGACCAACGUGUCCAUACCAGGGACGGCCGCCGCUACUGCCGUUGCGUCUGCGACUGCCGCUCUCGAACCUUCCGUGAAUGAAGUAGUAUCGUUGGGCAACUUGGUUUCGUUGAAUCAAGCUGUGGUCAACUUAGGCCGCAUCCUGGUGGUCGGCGCACAGGAAUAAAACUUGCUUCCAUAACAGGGGCUUUCGAAGUAUUUCUGUUACUGUAUCUUUUGGGUAUCGCUGGGACGAUUUUGGUGUAUCAAUUGGUUCAUAAUUAAUCUAGCUCUGAUAUAAUAGUCAUACAACUCUCCUCCUUAGGUGAGGCUACACACUCUUUUAACCAACCUGUCAACCUGUUUUCAUAUAUAUAAUAUUGUCACUGUUGAUUCAGUGCUGUUAUUGCCGGUAAAUGCAGACGUACGCAAUACUUCAAAUUAUGCAGUAUUACC